CACAACUUCUGACUUAGUGAGUCCUUGGUUGGUUUAUUCUUCUGGAAGGGUAAAAAACCCUUCUAUAAGCGCAAUGGAGCAAGUACCUCGAUGGUUAUAAAUCCAUAGGGCAGAAUGAAGCGGAUCUCCAAAAAUGGAACACCGAGGGGCUUUUUGAGGGCUAAUGGUCCGAUCAAGGAGAUGCUUAUUGGUGUAUCCUCUGCAUAGCCGCCAUCUCCAGGCCCGCUCGUAGACGCCAGGGCUUAGCAUUGUUGGCCGGGAGUCCUCAAUCUCAAUGCUAGGGUAUGAUCAAAAUGCCAGACUUCGUAUUGCGUAUAGCUUUCCUCAAAACGGUAGGGUCUGUUGCAGCUAUUAUUCAACGGCGAUCUACUUAUCAUAACUUUAUAUCUCAUCAUCUCGUGCUUUUUCCAAUUCAUCUUGUUUACCACUUGCUUACCACUCCAUAUACUUCAAAUACUUCAGACAUCCGAAAACCUUUCCACAUCAUACUCGUUGACCUAUUUCUAACAUUUUGACCUUUGACCUUAUUUAACCCAGUUGAACAAGCACAACUUAAACAAUGGAUAUCACCCUCAUCAAAUCACCCGCAGGAAACAUCACAGGAGGCAUAUAUUUCACUUAUGAUCCCUCCGAUUCUGCUGCCUAUAGCUUUGUGGCACUUUUCGCAUUAUGUACUAUUGCGCAUUUUAUCUACAUGUUUCCGUUACGCUCAUGGUUUUUCGUAAGCUUUAUCUUAGGUGGAAUAUGUAAGUAUCAAUUUCCAAAGACAAAGGAAUACCAACAUCUUAAUAAAAGUUUUCCUAUACAUUGAGCUAACAACCACAGGCGAAACCUUCGGAUAUUAUGGCAGGAGUAAGUGUCAUGACAACGUCAGCGAUAUUGGUCCUUGGAUACUUCAAAUGAUUCUUAUCCUCGGUGCCCCGACUUUCCUUGCAGCCACCGUUUAUAUGACCCUCGCACGAAUCACCGUUGCUCUGGGUGCAGAAGAGUACUCAAUGAUCAGCCCACGAUGGUUGACCAAAAUAUACGUCCUAAUCGACGUCAUCUGUUUUAUCAGUCAAUUUGCUGGUGCAGGUGUCCAAGCUUCGGGCGACGCAACACUCAUCGCUAUGGGAAACAAAGUCAUUCUUGGAGGUCUCAUAUUCCAGAUCAUAGCAUUUUGCUUCUUUCUCUUUAUGGCUUGGCGUAUCGCAGCCCGUUUCGACCAGAAUCAGGAGAAUUAUCCGGGCAGCAAUCGUUAUGUGGAAAGCACAUGGAAAAAAUAUUUUCGGGCAUUGUAUGCAGCCAGUAUACUGCUCAUCGUCCGAAACUUGGUGCGUGCAGUUGAGUACGCGCAACAGGUUAAUAGUGGAGGGUUUACAUAUGCUACGAGAAAUGAUGAUGGAUCUCUCACGUAUAUCGGAAAACAUACUAUGACGAUCGGAGAUAGGGAAGCAUAUCUCUAUGUCUUUGAUGCUGCGUUGAUGUUCUUGGUGGUCUUGAUCUUUCUUAUUAUCCAUCCAGGGAAAUUCAUCAAGGAUAAUCGUAUUAUGAGGGCGAAAAGGAUAUCAAACACGGAGAUGGAGGGUUUGACAAAAUGAGUGCAACAAAUGCUAGAACUCCAUGAGCGGGUUCAUUCUACAGUUACCAGCUUGCCAGGUUGGGGCGUUACUGGUGUUACGUCGUGUUGUCAAGGGUUUGAUAGCAAGCCAUUGCCAGUGAUGAAGCUCGAUCGUUGCGUCUACUACUUUUCUUAUGUAAAUAGAACCAUCACCCCGAUCUCAUAUUUCAUUUCUCAGUUUCCUUUGUCCUAUUUUCCUUUUCCUUACACUCAAAAGUAAUCUCAUUUCAUUAUCAGAAUACCCAAAAACUUACGGAGACCUACUAUAUCUAUUAUUACAUGGCAUGUAUAUAUCCAUUGUUAUCUCCACGGUGGACUACCGGAUAAAAUUAUCCAGGAAACUUGAAAGCAUUCCUAAAAACUGCGGAAGCUAGGUGUCGGGUAGCGGGAUA